CACGACGGGCUGGCGCGCGGACUCCGCGAGGCGGUGAAGGCUCUGGACAAGCGGCAGGCGCUGCUGUGCCUGCUGGCCAAGAACUGCACGGAGGACGGCUACACGCGGCUCGUUGAGGCGCUCUGCAACGAGCACAACAUCAAGUUGCUCCGCGUGGAAGACAAGGAAGAGCUGGGGGAGUGGGUCGGGCUGUGCAAGAUUGACCGAGAGGGGAAGCCGCGGAAGGUCGUCAAGUGCAGCUGCGCCGUGGUGAAGGAAGUAGCGGGAGACGCGGAGUCCUGGGUCGUCGUCCAAGAGUACAUCAAGUCAAAGGGCGGCGCUAUAUGA